AAAAAAUCACUUGAGACCAAAAAAAAAAAAAACAGAUAAAGAAAGAAACAAACAAAUCGAACAAGUGCGAGGAGCUUCGAGCUACUGCAAAACCAUGGAGCUCCAGAACACAGUGAAGGAAGCCCUCAACGCACUCUACCAUCACCCCGACGACGGCGUUCGUUUGCAGGCCGAUCGCUGGCUUCAAGACUUCCAGCGGACGCUCGACGCCUGGCAGGUUGCUGAUAACUUGCUUCAUGAUGCAACUAGCAAUCUAGAAACUUUAAUCUUUUGUUCUCAGACCCUUAGAAGCAAGGUACAACGAGAUUUUGAAGAACUACCUUCUGAAGCUUUUCGUCCAUUACGUGAUUCUUUAAAUAACUUGUUGAGAAAAUUCCACAAAGGCCCCCCAAAAGUCAGAACUCAGAUUAGCAUUGCUGUAGCUGCUUUGGCUGUACAUGUUCCUGCUGAAGAUUGGGGGGGUGGUGGUAUUGUGAAGUGGCUUCAGGAUGAGAUGAAUUUGCAUCCGGAAUACAUACCAGGGUUUUUGGAGUUACUAACAGUUUUGCCUGAGGAAGUAUUCAACUACAAAAUAGCAGCUCGCCCGGAAAGACGUCGCCAAUUUGAUAAAGAGCUUACUUCACAAAUGGAGGUUGCUCUUAACAUCUUGACAGCCUGUUUGAGUAUUAACGAGCUUAAGGAGCAGGUUCUUGAGGCGUUUGCUUCUUGGCUUCGACUGAAGCAUGGGAUCCCUGGUUCUGUGCUUGCAUCCCACCCAUUGGUGCUCACAGCCCUUUCAAGCUUGAAUUCUGAGCUACUUUCAGAGGCAUCGGUAAAUGUUAUAUCUGAAUUGAUACACUACACUGCCGCUGGAAGCUCUGGAGGUGUCACUGUGCAGAUGCCCUUAAUUCAAGUGCUUGUCCCUAAAGUAAUGAAUCUUAAGGCGCAACUUAGAGAUUCGUCAAAGGAUGAGGAAGAUGUGAAGGCCAUUGCCCGCUUAUUUUCUGACAUGGGUGAUUCAUACGUUGAACUUAUAGCAACUGGUUCAGAUGAAUCAAUGUUGAUUGUACAGGCAUUAUUGGAAGUUGCUUCACACCCAGAGUACUAUAUCGCCUCCAUGACAUUCAAUUUUUGGCACAGUCUUCAGGUGAACUUAACCAAAAGGGAUUUGCAUAUUUCGUUUGUUAAUGAAUCUUCCAUUGAAGCUGAGAGAAAUAGAAGGCUACAAGUUUUUCGUCCAGCUUAUGAGUCACUUGUUUCCCUAGUUAGCUUUCGAAUUCAAUAUCCCCAAGAUUAUCAAGACCUUUCAUACGAGGACCUUAAGGAAUUCAAGCAGACUAGAUAUGCUGUUGCCGAUGUCUUAAUUGACGCAGCAUCAGUUUUAGGGGGCGAUGCAACCCUGAGAAUUCUUUACAUGAAGCUUGAUGAGGCUGCAGCUUGCUGUCAAAAUGAAAAAAGUGAAUGGCGCCCAGCCGAAGCUGCUUUAUUCGGCAUCCGAGCUAUAUCAAGUUAUGUUUCAGCAGUUGAAGCUGAAGUAAUGCCCAAGGUUAUGGAUAGGCUUCUAAAACUACCUCAACAUCCUCAACUACUUCAGACAGUGUGCUUGACAAUUGGAGCUUAUUCAAAAUGGCUUGAUGCUGCACCUGGCGGACCGUCCAUACUGCCUUCUGUUCUAGAUAUCCUCAUGAGUGGCAUGGGUGUUUCAGAAGACUCUGCAGCAGCUGCAGCUGUAGCAUUUAGGCAGAUUUGUGACGAUUGCCGGUUAAAGCUCUGUGGAUGUUUGGAUGGACUCUUCCAUAUAUACCAUAGGGCAGUGAAUGGUGAAGGUAGUUUUAAGGUCUCUGCUGAGGACUCAUUGCAUCUAGUUGAAGCCUUAAGCAAGGUCAUUACUGAACUUCCACCUGACCAUGCUAAAAGGGCUUUGGAGGCCUUGUGCUUGCCCGUCGUUACUCCUUUACAGGAAGUUGUCAGCCAAGGCCCAGACACGUUAAAUAGCAAGCCUGCUCGUGAUUUAACAGUUCACAUUGAUCGAUUUGGGUAUAUCUUUAGAUACGUAAAUCAUGCAGAAGCUGUGGCAGAUGCAAUCCAAAGACUUUGGCCAAUAUUUAAAGCCAUAUUUGAUCUUCGUGCUUGGGACGUGCGGACAAUGGAGUCUCUGUGCCGAGCAUGCAAAUAUGCUGUGAGGACUUCUGGAAGGUGCAUGGGAUUUACAAUUGGAGCUAUGCUAGAAGAGAUUCAAGGUUUAUAUCAACAGCAUCACCAACCAUGCUUCCUCUAUCUCUCUAGUGAAGUUAUAAAAAUAUUUGGUUCUGAUCCAUCUUGUGCAAAUUAUUUGAAAAGUCUGAUUGAAGCACUCUUUAUGCACACAACACAUCUUCUCACGAGCAUUCAGGAAUUUACUGCCAGACCUGAUAUAGCAGAUGAUUGUUUUUUGUUGGCAUCAAGAUGCAUUCGGUAUUGCCCUCAGUUGUUUAUUCCAUCUGCCGUAUUUCCAUCAUUAGUGGAUUGCUCAAUGAUUGGAAUUACAGUGCAGCACAGAGAGGCAUCAAAUUCAAUAUUGACCUUCUUAUCUGAUAUCUUUGAUCUUGCAAACUCUACUGAGGUAGAACAAUACUUACCCAUCAGGAAUGCUGUAAUUAUUCCUCGAGGACCCAGCAUUACAAGAAUUUUGAUUGCUUCAUUAACAGGAGCACUUCCAAGCUCUCGACUAGAAUUGGUACGCUACACACUACUUUCACUAUGUCGAGCUUAUGGGCCACCGUCAGUGGAGUGGGCCAAGGAGAGUGUUUCAUUAAUUCCUUUGACAGCUGUGACAGAGUUUGAGCGCUCAAGAUUCUUAAAAGCAUUGUCAGAUGCUGCGUCCGGGGUUAAUGUUAAUGCUGUCUCUGCUCUAGUUGAGGAGUUAUCAGAAGUUUGCCGGCGUAACCGAACAGUUAUGGAGAUUGUUCAAGGAUCGUUGAGGCCACUUGAGUUGAACAUAGCACCUGUAUCAUAAAGGAUGAGAGAUGAAUCUGCCAUAGAGUGGCCAUUUUGCUUAGGGGGCCUAGCCUCGCCUGUCGGUAAAAUGAGUUGUUUACGCGUGUAAUUUAUCUCAUAUUUUUUGUCAGUAUUUGACUUUGAUUCUCCAAUUUUUAAGGAGAUUCAAUGCCCUUCUUCUCCACAUGGGUGGGAGAGGAUAUCCCAGAGAUGUCGUUUUCUGUAUUUGAGUGGUUUCGUUGGCAUUGUCAUUUUUUGGGGGUAGGAUGACAUGGUAUAGAGUUGUAGAUUAAUGAAGGGAAAGAAAAGUUGUAGGCAUUAUUAUUAUUCUUUAGUCGUAGUUUUCCAAAUUCAUCCUUUCAUGUUGUCGGAUAUAUUGGACUGGAAGCUGUGGGUAGUGGUGGGCAUAGUGGCUGCUGUACAAACUAUAUUGAAUUGAAAGCUUUCUUAAUUUGAUUCAUGUAUUGUGAUCCA